AUGGUCAGCACGAGACGCAGUGCAGCUACCCAGGCUGCCCAUGAUUCAAUUUAUGACUUUGAAUCUCCGGAUAAGUCAAAGGAAUUGCAAACAAGGAGACAAGGCGUAGCUAGGAAAGCCGCUCCAAAUAUUACGACCAGGAGAGGCUGGGAAGAGACGGAACCAGACGCGCCGGUGGUUAAGAGACGUACGCUUAAAAAGCCGGGGAGACGGCAAACUUCCAAGGCGGUGGUAGAGGAUGAGCAUGAGGAUGACGUCCCACAGGAUCCAAAUUUUUACAAGAACAUCAAUGAUAGUGCGGCGGGGAAGACGAAAGCAAGGAGAGCAACGAUGGCUGUGCGCGAGGACGAUGCUGCAGCCGAGGAGCAAUUGCUCCAGGAAAGCCAGCAGAGAGAGGGGCACGUUCUGGCGGAAGAGGAAGAGCAGAAUGAUCCAUGGUCUUAUCGUGACUCUGCAGAACCAUCGAAUGAUGACGACGAAUCGCACGAAUCACACAGGGAAGUGGAUGGAGAAAAAGACGUCGAUGUGGCGGGCGAGGGCGAGGACCAGGGCGAAGAAACCGAAGAGAGUGACGGAGAGGAUGGCAGCAGCGACGAUGAUGUACGAGAGGUAACAGGUUCUGCCGUGGCCCCCGGCAGCGCUUCACAAAUCAACAACCUGGAAAACAUCGCCAGUAUAGACGUCAUUUCUACAGACAUUGUGUACAUUGAGCCCGAACCACCAGACAGAAGCGCGUCGACUUUUUACCUCAACUGUGAUGGGCUCAAUACAAUGAUUAACGCAAUGGGCAAGCGAGGCUGGAUGAGUACACCGGGCGAGUGGACAGAUCAACUGCUCCGGAUCGAGGAAGAGUCCAGGACUGAGUCUGAGGCCACCAAAGCUGACAAUUGCACGAAGCUAUUCCAUGAGAUCCUUGCCCUGUGGCGGAACUGCAAGGAGAUGCCCAAAGCACCACUGCUGAACUUACAGGCACAGUUCCUACCGCCUUGCCGAAACACCCAUACUGCAUGCCGAGCUGGCAGAGCGGUCAAGACGCUUGCGGGAGGCGCAGGAAGAAAGGGACAGGAUCAUCAGGGAGAAGAAGGACGAACAGAUGAUGCUGUUUGUGGCUUCUACGCGGCGGACGCCGGAGGACACGCCGAAGCCACGGGACGAAUAUUACGACAGGCACGGCUGGCGACUAUGGGAAGACGAGGUGCUGCUCGCGGUGAUUCGCAGGACGAGGUCUCCGAAUCUGGUGUUGCUGGCCAGGCAAGUACCAGGCAGAUCGUUACAAGAGGUUACGAGCAGAGUGGCAGAGUUGAGGGAACUGAUCAGGGCAAAAUAUGA